AUGCAGUGUGAUCCUCCUCUCCUCCACAGUUGUCAGCGCAUCGCAAUAAUUUGGAAGUUUCUCACGCCUGCCACGGUAAAUAACUGUCGCGUAAUAGCACGGACCAAAUCCCUUAUCCCUUUUGUACACUGGUGGAAAAUCCGAGUCAAGCCGACUGGGGUUGUUACGACAUAGGGCCUGCGCCCCCUACGUCUGUGCACAUGUGCCUGGCUCCCAUUUAAGUAGUACGCUGCAACUCCGCCCAUCCUAGGACUCGAUUUAACGGCCAGCGCGUUAGACGCCCGAUGAUCCACCGUGGGGUGCUAACUUUGGUGAACGCCGAAAGAAGAUUGCUUACCAAGAAAAACGUCUUUUAUAGUGCGACUUUAGCUUUAACCCUAACUAGGGGUGUCUGGUUGUGUUUCAGACACCAGGAAGAAAUAAGUGAGUGCUUGAAUUGCCUCUGCUACUAAUUUGUGGUUAUUUGAACUGCUUCACUGCCAAUCGCACUGCCAUUCCUUAGAUACACAUCUCGGUAUGGGUAUUUUAUCCAAACGCUACCUACAAGGGGAAAUCAUAUGAUUAACACGAUUAUCCCUCUAUGUAAACCAGUUUGAACUAAGGUCUAUAGGCGCGGACUGAAAACUGAUAUGAAUAUCGGGGCAUGAUAUACAUUAAAUUGCCAACAAGCAGUCAGUAGUAUGCACUGGGGUUACAGGAUACCAUACUCGCAUCACAGGCGCUAGCUAAAAGUCAGACACGUGUUUCGUCGAUAUUCUGUCUCUGCAUGACACAGAUGCUAGGGGCUCGACUCAUCAGUGGGUCCCCCAGCAUCCUUCGUGUGCUUUCUGGUAGAUACUCCGGUUUAGGAAUUGUUGUUCCCAAGGAAAUUAAAAAGCAACAAUUUCUAAACUGGGGUAUCUACCAGAAAGCACACGGAAGAUGCUGGGGGACUCACUGGUGAGUCGAACCCCUCGCAGCUGUGCCAUGCAGAGACUGAACAUCGACGAAACACGUGUCGGGACUUUUAGCUAGUACCGGUGCUGCGAGUAUGGUAUCCAGUAUCUCCAGUGCAUACUACUGACUGCUUGUUGUCAGUUUAAUGAAUGUUACGCAGUUAUGACGCUGUACCUGAUGGACUACGGCCCUGACAUUCAUAUCAAUUUUCAGUUUGCACCUAAAGACUUGAGUACAAACUAAUUUGCUCCAGCUUUUCGGUUAUCUUCUGAGGAAAUUAGAAAAUAACGAUCGUCCCUACCCACUUUUGUCAGACAACUAAAUCCUUCACAGGGAUUUACGGAAAAUUUUCACUAGAAAACUUGAUUUAAUUAAAUCAUAUCAUUUACGUAAACGGGUAACUUAAUCUGACCCCGUUUCUUUGUGCAGAUGCAAGAGGGCACCCGUCUGGUCGGUUUGCUGAGGGCCGAGGAACCUGCACUCACAAGUAUCAGGACUGACACGCUCGAAUCUCAAACCUCCGAACAAAGUUUUUUCCUAAAUUCUGACCUCUUUAUAUAA